CUAGCCGCCAGCCUGGAAAUGGCUCCGCUGAUGCUCCUCGUGAGAACGAAUCGAUCCUUCCCAGCCUUCUCUGCCUGCUCUCCACCUCCUCUCUGCUCCGAGUCUUAGGAGGACGAACAUUUCAAAGGACAGAUUCCAAUGUGGUGUGCCGUGCACAUCGCGAGUGGUCGGGGUUUGCACUAAGAGAUUUCUUCUAUAUAAUUUUUUUUUAAAUGUAAGGGAGAUAGUGGCAUUGCUGCCUAUAGGAUUUUUAUCCAAGUGCACGUCGCGUUGGGUUGCACGCUCCACCCCCAGGGACCUGGUGUGAAAUUUGAACCCACCGCCUUAGCCCAAAGGCCGAGUAACCUGGCUGCCUGAGUGUCGUGGAAGACGUGAGCGAAAUGACCAGCGAACUCAUUUUUUAUCAGACUCGCUGAAGCUGGCUUUUGCGUUUUUCUACACGUACGGUAAUUUUGUGGAAUAGUUAAGUGCUAUAUUCUCCGCGCAACCUUUUCAAAUUCCAAAUGUUUGAACGUUUUGGUGUCAGCGCGAGUGAAAUCAUUUUACCGACAAGAACUAACUGAAUUGUCUGCUUCGUUGAGUUGCCUCCGGAAAAGAUCUCGGGGGUGGAAAAGCAACUGCAAAAUAACAGACGGAGAAAAUUCCCUGGAAGUUAAUUCUGUAGCAUAAGAGCAGAAACUUCAGAGCAAGUUUUCAUUGGGCAAAAUGGGGGAACAACCUAUCUUCAGCACUCGAGCUCAUGUCUUCCAGAUUGACCCAAACACAAAGAAGAACUGGGUACCCACCAGCAAGCAUGCAGUUACUGUAUCUUACUUUUAUGACAGCACAAGAAAUGUGUAUAGGAUAAUCAGUUUAGAUGGCUCAAAGGCAAUAAUAAAUAGCACCAUCACUCCAAACAUGACAUUUACUAAAACAUCUCAAAAGUUUGGCCAAUGGGCUGAUAGCCGGGCAAACACUGUUUAUGGGCUGGGAUUCUCCUCUGAGCAUCAUCUUUCAAAAUUUGCAGAAAAGUUUCAGGAAUUUAAAGAAGCUGCUCGGCUUGCAAAGGAAAAGUCGCAGGAGAAGAUGGAACUGACCAGUACCCCUUCACAGGAAUCAGCAGGAGGAGAUCUUCAGUCUCCUUUGACACCAGAAAGUAUCAAUGGGACAGACGAUGAGAGAACACCUGAUGUGACACAGAACUCAGAGCCAAGGGCUGAGCCAACUCAGAAUGCUUUGCCAUUUUCACAUAGUUCAGCAAUCAGCAAACACUGGGAGGCUGAACUAGCUACCCUCAAAGGGAACAAUGCCAAACUCACCGCAGCCCUGCUGGAGUCCACUGCCAACGUGAAGCAGUGGAAGCAACAGCUUGCCGCCUAUCAGGAGGAAGCAGAGCGGCUGCACAAGCGGGUCACUGAGCUGGAAUGUGUUAGUAGUCAAGCAAAUGCUGUGCACAGCCACAAGACAGAGCUGAAUCAGACCGUGCAGGAACUGGAAGAGACAUUGAAAGUAAAGGAAGAGGAAAUAGAAAGAUUAAAACAAGAAAUUGAUAAUGCCAGAGAACUCCAGGAACAGAGGGACUCUCUGACUCAAAAACUACAGGAAGUUGAAAUUCGAAAUAAAGACCUGGAGGGGCAGCUGUCUGACCUAGAACAGCGCCUGGAGAAGAGCCAGAACGAACAAGAGGCUUUCCGCAGUAACCUGAAGACACUCUUAGAAAUUCUGGAUGGAAAAAUAUUUGAACUAACAGAAUUACGAGAUAAUUUGGCCAAGCUACUAGAAUGCAGCUAAAGAGAGUGAAAUUUCAGUGCCAAUAGAUGAAGAGAUACUGUCUGUCUUUGUAGGACUGUUUGGGCUCUGUACCAAGAUUGCACAAAAUUUUUUGAAUAUCGUUCCUCCAAGGAGGAGGGUGUUUUGAAAAUUGGAAUUGUAUAUUUCAGUAUAAAUUUUAGAAUUUAGCUUAUAGCUAGUUGGGGAAAAAAGACAUGAAAAACUUGAACUACAAAUUACCUCCAUGUAUAUUGGCCAUAGUUAACCAGAAAGUUCUAAGUAGACACUUUAAUGCAAUCUUUCCCCGAUAUUAGCCAAUGGGAGAAUUAACAAGGUCUGGGCCCCUUCUCCUUUUUUUUUUUCAACACAGUGAAGAUUCUCUGCUUUUUAAAUUUAUUUAUGGUAUCUACAGCUGUGUUUUGUGCAAAAACUUAGUAAUGGAAGCCCUGUCUUUGUUGUUAUCUGAAUAAUUUCUCAGGAUAUUUUUUCCGCUGCUGAGAAAGGGCCAUUACCAAUUAAUCCUUGCCAGGAGUUGGGGAGCUAUGUCUCUAAUUGAAACUCACCAUAAAUGGGUGUCUGGAGUUCUUCCCUUUUUGUACUGAGAGUGUUUUCACUCUAGUGACUACUCUGGUACACUCUGCUGUCUCCAAUCUUGUCUGUUGUAUAGUUUACUUUUCCAUAUUGAUUCCAUGUAUUUAUGAGAAGAUACUGUCUCCCAUUUUAUUACACAUUUUAAAGCCAACUAAACAAAGGCAGCUGAGUCCCUCAGAUAUUUUUCUUUUUAAAUUUAUAGCAAAUUUGACACACAGAACUGAAAUACAGAAAUCCGUCCUUGACGGUUUAGUCUAGCAAUGUUAAGUGUAUUUACCGAAAAUAUGCAGUUACAUUUAUUUAUAUAUUUGGCAAGAAAUCUUUUCUGAGUGAUCAAUGCAUUUCAAUUUAUGAAAAAUAAUGGUUAGGGCACUGUUUAUUAUAGAUCAUUUUAAGGGGUAUAGCUGUUUUCAAGGAGGUCCACUUCCACUAGCAGCCAAGCAGAGGACUGUAUCUAAGUUGUGACCGUGGCAGAUGGGUCUUCACAGAAACCAUGUGUUUAUUCAAACUUCACAAGGCAAUAUUUUGAACUGUUAACUAGGCAUUUCAAAACAGGAAAUACCUUCAACAGACUCUUCUCUAAGAGCAGGUUUUACUGUUGUUUUGAUGUAAUUUUAAAACAUUUAGCAAACAUACGUUUCUUUAUAUGAUACAUUUCUUUCACAAAACAAUUUAAAAGUAAGCCAAGCACUGCGUGCUCUGCCCGGGCAGGAGUUGCAUCAGAGUACGUAGAUCUUGCUGUACAAUGCCUGCGAUAUUGAAGAGGGUUCUUUUUAGUGUAUGCUUGAGUACCUAACUCUGGAGUCAAUGAAUGCACUGAUUUUUGUGUUUGUUUCCCAAAUGAUUGAAUUGUUAAGUACAAAUUAAGCAGAUUAACCCAUUUUUUCACUCAUAAACAGAUUCCUACUACUAGUUUUGUUUUAUAUUUAUGUGUAUGUAUGUAAAUACAUACAUAUUAAUUUAUAUUAGAGUUAAAAAUAAAUUGUUUCUAAAGUCAGUUUCUAGAGUAAGGUGUCUCUGGCACGUUUGUAUCAGACACUUAACUACCACGUAUCUAUGUGCUAUCUCAUCAUCCCCGUUACCUCCGUCAACUUUAGGGAAUUUUCCUUACCUGUCUAUUAUAGAAAGAACCAUUUAGGUACACAUGCUCAGAGCUGAGAUACUUCUCUGAUAAAUCAGGAAAUAAAAUUUAUUUGAUGGAUAGAAUUUUGAAAACAUAUGAUUUUAUCUAUGAGUUUCUGAAUAUCAAAGAAUACCAGGUUUUCAUUUAAAUAGAGGACUAACACUAGGGAUCAGGGAAUUUAGUUAUGAAGAAUUUAAAAAAAUUUAAAAAAAAUAAAAAAAAAACAGUGUAAGCUGUUGAUAUGAUAAGCGAAUUAUUUUAAUGAUGUAAUAAAAUAUUUUUAAAUUUUGGCAUAGUGAUCAUUUAGUGGGAAAAUAGCUCACCAAAAUGUCUCCACUUGGAUUGUACUGAUAAUGUGAGGCAUAUGUGUCAUUCAACAUAUACAUAUACCUAUAUGUAUAGACAGAAAUUAUUUUUAAUAUUUUCCUACUGCUGUGAAAUUUAAAAUUGGAAAAUUUUGUGAGUGUUUUCCAUGUCCAAUAGAGCCUAAUUGUUUCUUUUUUUAGUAACUUAACAAUCUCUUGAGGGCUGCACCUAUAAAUUCCCAGCUUGUCGGUAGACAUGUACAGUGUUUGGGAUAAGGUGGACACAAGUGCACAUAUAAAUAAAACCUUCUUGACUAUUUUAAACAUCCACUCAUAUGAGGAGAGCCUCUAGAACUCAUCGCCUCUGAGCUAUAGGUUGUGUGCCUACUGUAGCUUUUCCAUCGCUGUAUUAUAUAGAUAUUUGCAUAUUAAAAUUUGAUUUUUUUUCCCAGAGAUAAAUAUUAUAUAGUGUAUCUAUAUUUAGAUCAAGCUGUGGUAAUAUAUUGAUCAGAACAUAGUGUUGGGGACGAUAGCCUGAACAUGUGGACUUGCGGUGACCCAGGAGGAGAGCAGGGGUCAAUCCCAUCUGUGUAUAAGUUAUUAUAACUAUGAAAUCUUGUACAAAAGCAAAAACUGAAAAAGACAAAAAUACAGUUUUUAUUUUGAAAUACAUUUGUUCUCUGGAGAAUGUACUUCAUGGUUUUUUCUCAAUCUUUUAAGGAUAUUUAAGCAUUUAAGUGAUGGCAGCGUUUACUUCAACCCUACAGGUGCUACUGGAUUUUGCAUUAGUAUGUGAUGUUUUAAAAUCCUAACUUUGACAUAAAAGGUUUUAUAAGUA